GCUUGGAGGUAAGCCUUUAUUUGGGGUGAACAAGAAAGUGACCUUUGCCAAUAGCGUCAAAGGUGGCGGUAAGUUGUCACUCUACAAAUCGAAGCACGUUGACUCGAGGAGACAUUUACAAGGGCCAGACAGCCAGACAUUGCUAUGUUCCGAGUCUAUGCUCUCAUCGACGCCCCCCUCUGACGUGUCACACUCCGACCAAGAGACUCACUGGAAAACGGUCGAUAACAAACUAAACACGAAGUACACUCAAGAUUCUGGGGGAGGGAGCGGAGCCCUACUAGCGCCAAGUGACAGACACUUCAGUUCGGACCAACAGAGAAACCCCGAUGAUUACCCCGUCGGGAACGGCCACGGACAUUCUGGUGCUGGAACGGAAAAGCACAUGAAAACAAAUGGGAUAGAUAGAAAUAAAAUGACUGGAAGUUCGACGACAACAAGUGAAAAUCUAACAUGGUUAUCCGAAUCGAUAGUUAGUCAGUCCCCAUCGCAGCGCAGCAGUAGUCUGAGCACGCUCAGUAGUGGGCACGAGUCAACCUCGAUGCUAUCAAGUAGCGGACCCAGUUUAUUUCGCACGCCAGCCGUCACCGACCCGUCGUCUCGGUUGUUUUCGCCCGGGCAUAUCAAUCCUGUUUACACGACGUCAACAGCAUCGACUCUGUCACCUUAUUCUCCAACAAUGCACACACAGUCCUCACACCUCGCAACGAUAUCGCCAUAUGGUGCUGCGUUUUAUCCACAAUAUAGCCCGGGUUAUUCACCAAGUUCUCUCCUCUCCAGUCAUUACCCUCACAUUGAGUCGUACUCGGCGGUCCUCGCGAGUAUGGGGAGCCAUGUGCAACACGCUCAAUCUCAUCUACCUCGUACGUCAUUUCUACCUGGACAUAUACCUCAGUACCUUAGUUCUCACGGGUCCUCGUUGACGCCGACAAAUUCGCCAGGUCCCAGUAUGCACCGCCCGAUGACCUCGACCUCUAUAAACGCCAGCCGACCUUUAACACCGAGUCAUGUGGAACAUCUCAGGAGAGACUCAAAAUCCCCUAAAUCGGAACUGAAAUCGGAAGGUCAUGACCCGAGGUCACGACAGGGCAGGAAUAUAUCUCCAUCCACGCGGGGUCAUCCGUUGUCACCCUCACAAGCUCAGGUCUUAUAUAUGAAAUCAGGGCAAUAUUUGAAAAAACCGUUAGAAGUUGGCGAACUUGUUAAAGAUCCUUUAGGGUAUAAAGUCCCUAGUGGUAAGGAAGGUAGCUUAAAGCAUAGAAUAUUAACGCGGCCCCCUGACAUUCAUAUAGAAGGGUCCGCAUUAGGCGAGGGAAAACAUGGAACUCAUCAGGGAAUAAAAUCUGAAGAGCCGUCUCCUAAGAGACACAAGGGCAGUAUAGGGCACCCGCCACCCCUGCAUUCACUUUCAGGGGGGUCGGGGCACGGACAACUCCACCUCCCUCCCCCACCCCCGUUACAACCCAGCUACCCAAAUACGCCGCACUAUCCACCACAUUUUAUGCGGGGUUCGAUCAUACAACUUGCAAACGGAGAACUGAAACGUGUUGAGGACUUACGGACGGACGAUUUUGUUCAUAGUGCUGAUAUUAGUGGUGAUCUCAAAAUAGAUUCUAGCACCGUCGUACGAAUAGAGGAAAUUCACGACAGAAAUACGGUCCUUCUGAGUUUUUCAGUUGGAGAACAUCGAGUUCAGGUGACGGUGGAAGCUACUGUAGAACAUCCCUUCUUCGUCUUCGGCCAGGGCUGGUCAUCCUGCCGACCACAGCGCACAUCCCAACGUUACGGACUCACGUGUCAUCGCCUGUCUGUCGGUGACGUCUGUAUCUCACUGACGCACAGGGACGUCAACACAAAGGCUGCUGAGUUGGCAACGCGCCAACCGCAGGAUCGGACUGCGUCAGAAAGUGCAAAAUCCGGGAAGCAGGGGUCUGCGUCCGCAUCUUCAACUCAGGUACAUCAGGGAACGCAAAUGCAAAGUACUGAAACACAAACGCGUGGAGCUGUAACUCAGGUAGAGAAAACGAGAAAACGUCGUUGGUCAGCCCCAGAUCAGACAAGUGCAGAUAGUGUCGUGGACAAAGACACGUUGAUAAGCUUAAGUGCAAGUUUUCGCUCCUUAGGUAACCAUAGUGAAAGUGGUGGCAACCUUGGUAGUCAGCAAGGUAGCCCGCAGGGUGUUAGCCGAGGUAGUCCACAUGGUAGUAAUAGAGGAAGCCCUCCUAUCGUGGUGAAUAAGGGCAGCCCUCAGAGUGGCAACCGAGGUAGCCCGCUUGUUGGCAGUCAUGGUAGCCCACAUGUGUUGAGUCGUGGUAGCCCGAGAGGUAGCCCGCAUGGAAACAGCCGCGCCAGCUCAUAUGCUGGAAGCCCGAAGAGUGGUAAUGGUAGUCAUGGUGGCAACCAUGGUAGUCAGGAAGAACACAAAGGUAACCAUGGGAGCCUUAGCGACCAUAAUGGUAACCAUGGCAACCAUAGUACAAGUCAUGCAAAUCUUAGCUGUCAUGAUAACAUUGGGAAAUCGACAGAAAAAACAUGACAAAGAACCACUGUUUAGUCAUAUCCAAGACGUUCAGAAGACUUCAUGUGUGCUAGUUAUCCAGGAUCUGUUGUUGCCAAGGCGGCAUGUUGCCGUGGUGAUGUUGCCAAGGAUACGGAAACAGGCAUGAGAGUGUGCUAAUAUAAAUUACCUCGGACAUGCUGAACUAUGAUUUCUUAUAAAUUAUAUAUAAGCCUUCAUCUGAAUAAUCAAAUGAAUAUAUCAAUGUUUGCUGCAAUAAUGUCAAGCCCAAUGAAAUUAGAUUUUAUGGUUCUCGUCAGCCACUUUCAGGAAAUGUUUGAGGGUUUUUUGUUCAACCCCCAUCUUUCAUCAUUCUUUAUUUCAUUGGUAAAACCCUGGUUACCCUGGUAAAAAACACAUUUUAAUGGAAAUCAGUGCAUCGGAGAGACACUUGAUGAAUUGAUAAGUUAUGUAAGGGAAGAACUGUUUUGGUACAUGCCCAAAACUAGAUGAUGCGGUGACAAGAACCAUAAAAAUAAAUUUUGCGGGCCUAAUGCCGCAGAUCUCAUUUUUUUUAGCGUAUUGUGAUCAUACCCAGUUGUGCUGUGGUGUAAGUUGGAGGCAUGACCUUAAGUCUUGACCUUAAGGUCAGUGACCUUGGGAGUGAUGACCUCAUACCGUAUGUAUAUUCAUUUCAUAUUUGAACAGUGACGGAUUCAAUGUAUUGUGAUACUUAUUCUAGGUCAUACCAAAGUUAUAUUAUGCAUAAUCAUCUUUGCUCUGUUACAUACUUUUGUAAAAAUGUGGGUGGUUUGAGUUUUCAAAGUGUUUUCCCCAAAUUAGACUUACUCCUAAAUGUAACACCGAUUUGCUUGCUAUUUUGUCCUGUAGAUGGCAGUGUAGUUGUAAUUGGGUGUCUUUUGGUUCGGUGUCUUGAGGAACACCUAAGUUAUAUUUUUUACACGUUUACUGGUAAUGGGUUGUCAUUCUACCUACUUAUUCAAGUUGGUCAUCGAGUCUGGGUUGAAGUGAUGAAAAUCACGCUUUUGAAAAUGAUUCCAGUAUAUUGACAUCAUCAAGUGAGACAGAAUUGUAUCGAGAAAAACAAACGACAGGUUAUAAUUGCGGUGCAAUGUUUUCUCAUGAUGUAACACUCCUAUAAUUGUGUCACGAUGCCUGUGUAGCAUAGAAAACAAGCAGAUACAUCGUUUAGGUAUCCUUUUGGGACAUUGAUCCAUGGCCUAAAGGUUUGCGACAACGUCUUGGUUGACGUCGAAGACAUCGCAUACUUUUCACAUCAAAUAUCUCCAGUCAAGAAGCUGUUAUUAUUCAUACCCUAGCAUCCAUAUCAUUUUGUAAUUGCGUAGCACGCGUAAUACGUCUUAUAGAUUAUCUACUCUGUAUAUUUCAAACUACUCAAGCUAUUUCAAAUACCGAAGACCCCUUUUUAUCUGUGAUUGUCAAUGUUGGCUAAAAAAACACUGCUUUUGGAUUCAAGUUAGGAAAAAUCAUACCUGAAUGCGAUUCUAAUGGUCGCAUUGAUUUUUUUCUUGUUGAAAAAAAGACUUGUUUUGAACUCCAUGAAUGUGAUUAAAUUAAACAUCAGUGAAAUUUAGCAGCUUACAGUAUGCUGCAAAAAAGUCUCUUUGAAAAAUUUUUUUUUGCAUCAAGACAUUUUCCUCAUUUUAGACCAACAAGAAAAUCUGGGUGUCCAGGGUCUUCAGAAGUUUGAACUGAUUAUGAUCCCUAUAGUAUCAUUUAAGGGCAAUCAGACCUCGUCAUAUCAUCAAACGGCAUGUAAAGAACCCCAUUUUGUAAAUCAUAGCUUCCAUAAGCAAGUGUUCGACAUACAAAUGAGAAUUUUGAAUUUCAGAAAAUGUGUAUAUAUCUGUUGUUUUUAUCAUUUAUAAUGGCAAUGACUCUUGGCCUGAUUAUUGUGUAAACAUGAAAAAUAAAUCACGUUUGGGUGGUUAUUUAUAGCAAUAAUGUAGAAAAAUAUUUGAGUGCCUUUUGUAAUAAAAUUUGGCAUCUUUAGUUUACCCACAAGAACAUACUGCAAGGGUGAUCGAAUCAUAUGUCGCAUGAAAUCUCACACGAAAAUUCCAUUCCCGUUUUGGGAGAAAUUUACCAGUAUUACCAGCUAGGUAAAUCACGCGCUUGUGUGCAGAUUCCGCUCUCAGAUUGUUAGUAAUCCCAUGCUGCACUAAUGAUUGUAUAUCGGGCGCUGCAGAUACUUAUAUUUACCAAACAGUUUAUAGAAUGUUUGUUCAUAUAUUUUGAUGCAUCCCAGCUCUGCCUUCUACAAAUGGACUCUGUGACUAAACAUUGUAAAUUUCUCCAACUACCCUUUCGUGAAAAAUUUGUGACAGACAUGUAUAUGUCCAUAUCGGCAAUUUGAGUUGAUGAACAUCACUCACAAAUAAAAGCGUGAUAUAUUUUGUGGCGUUAACAUUCAUCAGGAUCAUAUAUAUACAUGUAGGUGCUGAAUUUGGAAACACUCACACCCAGAACUGAUAUUGAUAUCAUUCAAGAACCUUAAGGCCACAUGGUCGGGAAGCGACCCGUAAGCCUUGGAUUAUAACGCAUUGUCUUAUCUGGCCCAUGUGUCUAAAUAGCUAUUCAUAAGAAAAACAAUACAAAACAAAGACCCAACUGGUUUGUAGUCAGCCAUUUGCAGACCUCAUAUCAUUACACUUCCAGAGACACCAAAACAGGAACAGAUCAAAAUUCCAGCUAAAACAGUUAUUUAAUGAAUUGUCUGACGAAGAGUGGGAAUACUCAUCAACUGUGGCAAUUUAGAAUAUCUUUGGUGUCAACAUUGUAGUUAUUUCACAAACGUAUAGUUCUGAUGCAACUACAAACAAUUUGAUAAGAAUGUAUUGAAUCGAUGAUUUGGCGCGCACAGCUGACAAACUUUGACGCUAGGCCUAGCCAUUUGACAAAAUGUGAUUGACUCAUAUGACAGUAAACUCGCUAUACUGUAUCAGGGAGUAACAGGUAUAUGCGUGGGCUCUCGGCUUUACAAGAUUUUACUCGAGAUCAAGUGAGAAUAUGUGGGAUGGGGGAAUUUACCAAAGAAGAGCUUGGUAGAGAAGCUAAGUUGCUUGUGUGCCCUGUACUUCAACAGGGAUUAAAUUUUUUGGUUUUAUGGAAAACCCUGACUAUUGAAGUAAUGGGUCGUUGCGUAUAUUGAGAUAUUCUCUCAGUGUAACUGGUAUUGCACUCUUGUAAUUAUCAAAGGGUAACGAGAAUAAGGGUAACGAAUGUUAUAAGGUAACGAAUGUAAAGGAUUGGGAAUCCCAUGUUUAUCAUGUAAAACUAUGUACAGCUCUAGUCAGUCUGUGAAAAGUCCAUUAAAAUCUGUUGUCAGCUUUGGGCAAAAGAGGGCACUGGUGUCCACGGAGUUAAAAGGAUAUUUUAGGAGAAAAUGUAAAUUGUUAUUUAUUGCCGGUAACGGAAUUUAAUGGAUUUUGAUUAGAAAUCUAAAUGAUGUCUGAUUUUACAAAAUUGGACUUUUUCAUGAAAAUCUGUAUAAAUUGUAAUAUUGUUUCCCCUGCACUUAUGUAGAUUCUUGUGUUUUGUAAAUAUUUUGACACUUUCAUUAAUAUUCAAUUCGAUUGAAUUCAAUAAAACUGUCCUGUACAAUUCAAAAGUGAUAAACUGAAUUCAGUUGAAUUGAAUUAAAAUCCUAUCACACCCAAAACCAAAAAUGGACCCAUUCAAUAUUACAAAAUACUAUUAACUUUUGUAUGAGUCCAUUUUUUAUGGGGUUGGUGAGAUUGAAAGAAUGGCAGGUUGGACAACACUCGUGCACAAAUUAACUGUAAAGUGUCUAUACAUAGUCAGUGAUAUUUAUUUUAUUUUAUUUAUUUUGUAAAGAUACACCCAAGAAUGCUUGUCGCAAAACUGUCGAAGGCUUUUUUUCCGAGGCUCGAAGUAACAGGUUUUAAAAAGUUAUACAGUGACCCAAAAAGGCAUGAACAACCAUAUUUUCACCGCUUGUUGACCAAAAGCACUAGUUUCCAACUAAUGGUGGUCAAGACAUGAAAUUGUACCAUCAUAAAGCAUUUUAAGAUGUUCCCACUAAUGGUGGUCAUGCAAGACAUGAAAUGGUACCAUUAUAAGGCAUAUGUCAGGUUUCCAACUUAUGGUCAGGAUACAAUAUUCACACUUACGAGUAGAAAAUAACCUUACAUGUACAUCCUAGUGCUUUGGUUCAAAAUUAAGUUUACUGACAAUAUGCAAAGCAUAAACCACCAGUCUUCACGAGCGGGUCGCAACAUUCACAGAAUCCCAGGGUUGCAUGAUACGUCCGCUCUGAUUGGUCAUUCUCGUCUUUGGAGGGAGGGAGGGAGUCAGUAUUGUGAUAAGAUGAAAGAAAAAUACUCGUCAACAAGUCUGAUGGGGUGUGGGGAAUUCAGAAUAUUUUUCGAAUUUAUCACAUUUUUUUUUAUCAAGUGAAGACGUACAAGUGGUUUUUUUCUCUGUAAUCUCAUGUUGCAUAAUGGUUGUAAAUUUUCUCACGCAGUUUGCCCGAAUGUUAUUUAUUGACCCACAUUUGACAGGUGUGUACAAAAUCUUCAAAAAUAUGAUAUGAAAACUGGAUGAUUUCGAAAUAUGAUAAACUGUUUGUGGUGUUUAAUUGAACCAAGUUGAAAGUGGUGCUAGGAAUAUGGUUCCUAUAAAAGCGAUUAUUUUCCCUUUGUAAGGAAGAAAGUGGUUUUGGUUUGCCAAGAAAUGAAGACAUGAAAAGAGGCUUUUCUAGGCCACACUUGGUGUGGUGGCCCAUGGUAGCGAACAGUGCUAUUAUCCUCCUGGCCACCUAAAUAUAACGCCCAAGUUGUCCCUUUAAGUCUUCAAGACAUUUUCAGCAAGGCAUCUUUAAUCCAUACUUGGUCAAUAUAAAAAAGAGGCUGGCUGUAGGUUAAAUGGUCACUAAAUCCUAUUUUGAAAAGAAAUUUGUUGAAAUCGUGAAGUGGUGGCAUCAUUCCUACUAUGUCAGCUAGGCUAGAUGAAAUUUCCCUUUUGCUGAGGUGGUAGAGUGAUUGCCUUGUAAAUUAGAGGUCUGGGGUUCAAACCCCAGCUUGACCUUGGUGUUUUUCCUCCUAUACUUCUCUAAUUAAGUUUCAAGCCAAUCAUGAGAAGACAAAGACAACAUUAAUCCAUUGUAUUCCCAAGUAGAAAUUCCAUUAAUAAAAAGAGUAAGAUUUCAUAUUGAACAGAUCAGUACCCUCUGUGAAUUUUGUAUAGAAAAGUUCAGUCAACAUACAGGUCAUUCUGUAAAUUUGCAUUGAAAUGAACUUUGGAUGACUCGCCUUCAGUAGAAAAUGUAUCAAAAUUGAAAACACAUCAAGACAUUUGAUUUGAAUGCCCUGCGACCUUGAAAUGGCAUCACGACCUUGGAUUAAAUGAACCCGAUCAUGUCUUAUUGGUUUAACGAUCUUACAUGGAGGUAAGGUCGACAGAACAUCAUUUGGUUUGUUUCCGUUUUCAAAAGAUACGUUCUCAAGUGAAAAGUCAUGUCGCAGAUGAGCCAAAUUAAGGAUUUUCCUCCAACGAUUUUGCGUGUACAGGUAACCAUUGUCGUUUCAAUACAAGUUUGCUGUAAAUCUGUUUAUGAAACAUUACACAAUGUACGUCAUUUGCCAUUUUUUCAUAUUUUAAGCAGAAGAGGUCUCUGUAACUUUUUUGAGAAGUUCACCAUGCCCUUCACGAUGUCACAAUGUCUUUGAAGAUUUUGUCCGGCAUUGGCCAAUCUCAAUACUGCUCCUUUAUCUUCCUAUGAAGUGAUAUCAAAAAGAUAUGAGUGAGCCGCCUUAUAUGAAUUAGUGGACACCUCUCUAUUAAGGACAACCUCCCUAUCAAGGACACAAGUUUUGGUCCAAAAUUGGUUGCUUCCAUUCAAUUUGACCUCUCGAAUCUGGACACCUCUCUAUAUAGGACAGUACAUGUCAGUCCCGAGGGUGUCCUUAAUAGGUAGGUUCUACUGUAUUGUUAAAGCGCUAUAUGAAAUCCUUGAUAUAGCUGGAACGAAUUGUAUUUUCAUUCUUAAAAUGAGCAGAAGGCACAUGUAUUAACAUGGUAAAAGUAAGAGAGGUAUUCUGAAUUUUUAUCAAUUCUCUACUAUUUGGAUGGUUUUCUAUCCAAUUGGAGGUUAUUUCAUUCAGUUCGGAUUGUAUUUUUCCCAAUUCACGAAAAGCGACUUGAUUGUACUUUAAUUGUUUUCAAUGAUUGUGUCUUGUCUGGAGUGAAGUUCACAAAUUUCAUAUUCAAAUUCUUCUGUUUGAAAUAUCUCUGUAUUGUUAGGGUAGAUCAUGUAAGUUGUCAGUCCGUUAUCAGGGAAAGAUCCAAAUUCAAAUUCUAAAUUUUUUGAAAACAUUGUCAUUUAAGGCGAACCUGCUACCUCGUUUGGAAUUUUGUUGCGAAAAAUUUACCGCAACGAGAAUAUUGCACUCAUUUUGAAUUUUUCACUGCAUACUUUCUUCAGUCAUGGCUAGUGUCUGGCUUUUUAACAAAAAUUGGGAAGAAUUCGAUCACUGAUGGGAUGGGAAUCAGUGAAUGCAAGUUCAGUAGCCACAAAAGGCCAGAUCUGGAGACGUACAUUUUAAAGUGACUAAAUUUAUGCAAAUUUUCAUGUGCCAUUUUUGACAGAUUUCUCUCAGAGAUUUUUUGUGUUUUCUUUAUAAACUGCAAUGACGUGGGUUCCAUACUUUGCAGUAUUACGUUAGACUACAGCUGUAUGUUCUCCCGGCCCUCUGGUGGGCAAAUUUGGCGUAUGUGUGGCGGGGGUUGGUUGUUUUAUGUGCUGGUACGAGGGUAGAGGAGGUGGAGAUUGGGUUAGAUUGCGUUUGACCCUGGCCUGUGAUAAGACACUCUGCCUAGCGAUGCAAAUUGGCUAAUGCUCAAAUUGCUUGUAUCAUUUAGCUUAAGAUAUGUAAGAUCUAAUUGGUUUAGGAAAUCGGUUGAAAAUAAGGAUGAUGUUUAAUUUCAUUCUAACUUGAACUCUAUAACUCUACAAAUACUACAGAUAAAGUACAGUUAUAUGGGUUCAGGUUAAGAAGAUGUGUAAUAUAGUUGCCCAUUGAUGACAUAAUUAAAGAAGACAUCAUGAUAUUGUAUAAUAAUAUAAUGUCGCACGCACAAGAGGGCUGUAUUUUGACCUUAACUUUGAAACUCAAUUUAUAACUUCUCCGUCUGUAGGACUCGCCAUGAGAUCGCCUCAGAUUGGGGGGCAUGUAUGUGAUCAUAGAAUAAUCAUCAGUUGCAUCGUGGGAUACCAAGUUACCACGGGCUUUGGUCUUCCCACAUUUCUUCAAGGCAUUGUUAAAAAAUAUAUCAAUACAGUGAUAAGUAUUGAACAAGGAAUGUUGUCAACAAUAUACUUUAGCUGUCUGUCCUAUUGAUAACAGUCAGGCUGAAUUCAAGAAUAGGGGUAUUGAAAUAAAGUAUACUGAAAACAUGGUAACCCCUUCAUUUUCGUGAUUUUUGCAAGAGGGAGUACAAUCGUGAAAAUUUGGGACACAACAUGUUUAACUCAAUGGUUUUACAAUUAGAAAAUGCAUCCGUUCGCGGAAAAAUCUGAAAUUGAUGUUUUUGAAAACAUAUCGGACAGUUAAAUUAAAUGGGUUUACAGUAUUAUUAGCGUGUAGUGAUUGACAUCUGCCAGUGCAGCGCUAGGUCAAAGGUCAAUAUGUGCUCAGGAGCUUUCCAGGGAGAGUAGACUGAUGCUCCGACUACUGUGUGGGAUCAUACAUGGUGUUGUUUGCCUCGCAUAGCAGUUGAGCAGGCACCAGUUUGUAUACCAAGAAUGAAAAUGAAUAAAGACUAGUGUUUAUUUAUUCUUGGUUAUACUGAAUCCUGUUGUCACAUUCCAUGCACUUUAUAAACGCAGCUCGCUGUGGAUUUUAUCAGUUUUCUCGCAUAUUUGCUCGGGAACUUAGUCUCACAGUAACUUGAGCUUGACACUGUACAUGAUAUACAGGGCUAUGUGUACUAAUGUACCAACAACUUGAGAUGAACUCAAUAAAUUAAGUGAUAGCAAUAAUUGAAUUAUUUCACAAAUUUCAUCAGAUUUUUUUGUGAACGGGCAAAUAUUUUGAAAAUAUAAAACCCGUGCGAAAAGUGAUUUUAAAGUGCGCAAUUCAACUGUGACUGCUUCCUUUAAACAAUAUGUCAAUGAUAUAAUGUUUUCCUUGGGUCAGAAAGGUGACUGUCAGAAAACUCACCACCUCUGCUCUCGUACGUUUUUAAAACUCCACAUUAAGUCUUUUGUGAUGUGUCUUGUGUGUUGUGACAAAGUGUAUAACACCCAAUUACCUCAGUGCUGGUAGGAAAGGCAUAGGCCUCGGGCGUGCAACUCCGGCUCUACUCCGAUUGGUCCGCUGCAAUCAGGUGAUACAGUAUUAUUUUUUUAUUGGCUGAUCACUCAGAGUGGAACAGGAGUCAUGCGAUUGGAUCGAUGUAGGCAGGUGGUUCGCUUCAGUUGCGUCAGAAGAUAUUUUCAUAAUGCCACUUUUUAAAUAUUACCACUUCUUCGUCACCUUCUUGCUGUAUAUUAUAUGGUGUAAUAAACUCACUGAUGAAAGUCAGUAUUGUCAUUCUGCAUA